AUGCAGAAGGAGAUAGAGGACAAGACGAGCCCGGAGUACCAACGACAGACGUGGGAGGCACUGAGGAAGAGUAUCAACGGUCUGGUGAACAAAGUGAACGUGGGCAAUAUCAAGAAUAUCGUGGAGGAGCUGUUCCAGGAGAACCUGGUGCGAGGCCGGGGACUCUUGGUGCGUGCGCUCAUCCGAGCACAGAUGGCGUCUCCUGGAUUUACCCACGUAUUUGCCGCCUUGCUGUCCGUGAUCAACUCGAAACUGCCCGAAGUGGGAGACCUCCUGAUCCGGCGGGUGAUUCUGCAGUUUAGACGUGCCUACAAGAGGAAUGACAAGAUCGUCACGACCGCAGCUAUCCGAUUCAUGGCCCACUUAGUGAACCAGAAGGUGGCAUCUGAGCUCCUGGCAUUGCACAUAGCGACCUUGCUGCUGGAGCGGGUCACCGAAGACUCCAUCGAAGUCUGCGUCAGUUUCCUCCAGGAAGUGGGGCAAGCACUGGAGGAGCUGUCCAAGGUCAGCCUUCACGCCUAG